AUGGCGGGCCUUGAGCAGUCGUCCGGCCUUCUUCACAUUGCCAGCUCGCUCGCCCAGGACGAGAUCCCUUUCAAGCUACGGUGCGCCAUCUGCAGCAAGCUCGCCUGGAACGCUUUCAGGCUGCCCUGCUGUGAUCAAGCCAUAUGCGAAAGCUGCCAGACAUCCCUCCCUUCUAGCUGUCCGGUGUGCGAUCACAGCCCGCUCGACGCAGAGCUUUGUAAGCCGAACAAGGCACUCCGCACCACCCUAAAGGCCUUCCUGCGAACCGAAGAGAAGAAACGGGAGAAGAGCAGGCCCGCCCCUGUGUCUACACCGCCUGCUGCUCCCCACGUCUCACCUUCAGCGGAGGCGGAUACGAAACCCGAGGCUGUUGCUCAGGCUCCUGCUGAAAACCCAGAGCAGGCCCAGAGCACGGCAGAUAACACUGGUCUUGACGCUGGUGACACUAUACCUCCCAGUCUUACUGCUGCUGCGGCAGCUGACGGCGAGUGUAACGCAAAUAUCAACCAGCAAUUCGCUGAUGGGGGCAGCCUGGAGACACACAUGACUGAAAAUGGCACUGCUAGUGAUGACAAGGUGGGACUCUCCUUUCUUCAACUUCUGCCUCAUUUCUAUGCUAACUCACCCAAGGAUGCAAACCCGCAAGUAACGAGUGAAUCACAAAACACCGAACCUGCCACCACCGACUCUGAUGCCCCUCCCGCCUCGACAGCCUGUGCAGAGGGCGGGGUCGUCGCACCGUCAGAUCCCGCCCAGCAAGAUGGCGGUUAUCCGAACGGAUUCGGGCAGGUGGGCUGGAACGGUGUCGGGGACUUCAACCAGGGCAUGCCCUUCAUGGCAAACGGGAUGGUUAUGCCUCAGAACCCAAUCGGCGUUCCCGGGAUGUUUGGUAUGGGCAUGGAUCCGUUGGCCACGGCUCAAGGAAUGUUUACUGGUUACGGGAUGAAUAUGAAUGGGAUGAAUAAUAACAUGGGCAUGAUGAUGAAUUCCGGUGCUGGGCAAGGAAUGUAUGGAUCAUGGGAUGGUCAGAACAACAUGUGGAAUGGUGGCCCAGAUAACUUCAAUGGAAUUGCAUUCCCUAAUCGCAUAGGUGCCGACUUUGGCCCUAAUCCUGGAGUUGGUGGAUAUAAUAUGUUACAGUCACAGUCACAACCUCACCAAAAAUUUCCUCACCUGCAUCAGCAACAGAAGUUUCCUAGCAAUGAUUUUCAAAACUCAUAUGGUCAUUAUGGCCGGGGUGCUGGCGGCAUCGGUGUCGGUCCUGGUGCUGGUGUUGGUGCUGGUGCUGGUGCUGGUCGGGGGCGAGGAUUCAACUUUGGUGGCCGUGGCCGCGGCGGGUAUCAUGCAAACAACUAUCAAGGUAAUCACCUAUCCUCUAACAUGGGCAACUUCCAGCGCCAUAACUCCCCUCAUAUUCAACAACCACACCAGCAGCAGCAGCAUUACAAUGGCGUUCCGGAUCACUCCCACCCCCAGGUCGACCACACUCAGUCACAGGCCCAGUUGAAUGAUAGCUUCUGCCCUGGCGGCGAGGAAGAGACGAGAGAGCAUCAGCCGCUGGAAGAAUCGACCCAGACGGCAGCGCAGAAGCAGUCUUCCGGUAAAGCGAACGAUAGCUCAGCUACGGUGGAUGGAGCUGUAACUAUAUCAACCGAAGAUCAACCUGCAAACCCACCGGUUGAAGCCAAUGGAACUGGCGAUAACUCCCCGUCCGCCGCAGUAGGACAUACUAAUCCUAUCCCCAGCUACUCCAGUACCCCAACCUUUGGCGGUACAGGUAGAUAUCCUGUGAACGCUGGCGGUAUUCAGCCGGUGACAUAUAACAAUGGAAUGGCCCAUGGGCCAGUUCCUCCAAGCAACCCUAUGGCCAUGGCUGGUGUACGGGGACCAGGGUCAGGACCAGGUGUAAUAGGGGCACCAGCAGCACCUCGAGCCAUGAGAGAAGGUCUGCCGAAUACCAGUACACGUAACAAUAGGGCAUUCAGCCAUAGCCAUAGUCGAGCGGUGUCUAUGAGCCAGCCAUCGAUUAAAGAAUCGCGAAGUUCCUCGCCGAAUAAACGGGACGAACAGCAACUGGAUGCACCGGUCUCGGGUUCAAGAUCACGAUCGAGGUCGAGAUCUAAGUCGCCUUCACGCCACCGGACUCGACAUCAUCGGUACCAAAGUCCAUCAGCUGGGGCACAGAGUGAAGACGAGAGCAGGAGAGAAAGGCGCAGCAAACGCGCGCGUCGUGAAGACGACAACGACAAGGAUGACAGGGAGCAUGAUACGUAUGGUAGUAAGAGAGCGACAUCUCGAUCUCGCUCUCGUUCCCCGUCUGCCGCUUUCGAUACCAAUAAAUCCUCAUCCUACCGUAGCAGACGGGACCGAGACCGAGACCGCGAUCGUGAUGAUGGUGGCUCUUCCAAACGCUCUCGCCGAUACCGUAGUCGCAGCACGAGCCGACAGGACAGCCGGGCUGUUGAUGUGUCUGAUAAGAGCGAUCCUGGCUUGACCAUAAAGGGGGCUUCAUCACAUCGACGAGAGAAACAUAAAUCCCGUGGUGAAGACGUCGAUGAAGGCGCCCAUGGUACCGAAAAGGAAGACCGCCAUAGACAUAGGGAUAAAGGCCGCGACCGCCAUCGUGACCGUGACCGUGAUCGCGAUCGCGACAGAGAGAGGGAUAGGAACAGGGAGAGAGAAAGGGAUAGGGAUAGGGACAGAGACAGGGACAGGGACAGGGACCGGCGUGACCGUAAGAGGUCUCGUCGUGAUUAUUCCGAAUCUCGCGACGCAGAUGAAUACACCGACCGUCGUUCUCGCCGUCCCCGACACGAAGAAAACGGCGAAGGCCAAGCUGUCAAGGGCCAGGAUACAAAAGCCACCGAUCAACCUCGAUCAGGCAAUUCAUCAAAGAAAGGAACAGGUGCAGAAAAGGAUCCGCAUACGCUGGAACGAGAGGCUCGAAACAGAGAACGACUUCUCAAGGAACAGCAGCGGCGAGAAGCUGUCAACGCUGACCGGGAUGGCAAGGGGCCCAGCCGUCGUCGUGAUGGUAAACUCGACCGCAAUCUGCUAGGGAGGAAGCUAAGCUAUAAGUACGAAGAUGAGCUUGAUGACCAUGAGCGUGAACGGGAAUCGGUUCGAUGGGCGUGA